GGUCCAAGGGCAACCUGUGCCAGCGGAAGGUUCCGCUCUGCAUCAGCCUGGCCCUGACGGUGCCAGCAGCCGUGAUGGCAGCCUAUUACCUGCUGCUGCAGACCUAUGCCCUGCGCCUGGAAGCCAUCCUCAACGCCAUCCUCCUCCUCUUCUACGCCCUGGAGCUGCUGCUGGGAGUCCUGGCGCUCAUCUCCUUCUCCAG